GCAGGAAGUGUUGGUACGGCGCAGAGAUGGUAGAGAUGGCGCAGCCUGCCCGCCUUUGAAAACAUCCGGUUACUGCGUUACUGUCACAUUAUUACUCAUGUAUUCGCGGAAAAAUGUCGUCGGAUUUGUUGUUAGACGUCGAGGAUCAUUCGAAGCUCAGCUGUAUAAUGACUAGUGGCGCGGGGGGUAUUUCCAUCGACCAGGAUGGAGAGUGGGAUAUCAGUUUGUUUGACGAGUUGGACGAACUGUGCGAUGCGGAUGAGCUACUGCAAGCGCUUGUGAGCGCUGACUACGCCAGUAGUGCAGCUGAUCUAAACCUGGACAUUGACCCACCGGUGUGGACCUCCGAUGGUUGGGGAGACUCUGGGAGCACCUCUCCUGAUGUGUCAGGGGACUGUCUUUCUCCGAGCCGCACACUCAACUCUGGGUCAUCACCUGGGUCCGUGGAGGCCCGCUCACCGUACUCUCCAUAUGGUGACGCUCUAUCUCCCCUCUCCCCUGAGUCUCAGCCCUCUCCUGUGUCCAUGUGCUCCGACUCCAGUGGCUUCUCUGAGCUGCCGCUGGAGCAGAAGCCAGUCAGGAAGACCAGCCAGACACGAGCUAAGUCUGCCCAGCCAGUUAAAAGACCCAUUCACGUGAGCCCCAAGGUUUCCAUCCAGCCCAAACCCCUCAUCACCACCAUGCCACUGCCCCGGGUGACUAGUCCUCUCCAGGCUAAGGCCAUCAUCAUCCAGCCUGUACAGACCACCAUACUGCCCAUGGUCAAAUCCCCACCGCUCUCUAUCCAGCCUGCGCCACCCGCAGGUACCUCUGUCCUGCUGUCUCCACCCACUCAGGUGCUCAAGCUCCACCCCUCUCAGACGAUGGCGACUCAGGUGCUGACUGUGCCCACCUUGGCCCCAGAUGGACCUGUCCACCUGUCCAGCGCUGCCCCUCCCCCGCUACCUGUAGCUGUGUCCUUCCAAACCCCACCGUCAGACGAGGAUUCCAGCAUUUCGCGGCGACAGCAGCGGAUGAUAAAGAACAGGGAGUCUGCGUCACUCUCACGCAGGAAGAAGAAGGAGUACCUGCUGACGCUGGAGGCCCGCCUGAAGGUGGCACUGUGUGAGAAUGAGAAGCUGAAAUGUGAGAACGGCACACUGAAGAGGCAGCUCGAGGGCCUGCGUAGUGAGAAUACUGUACUAAAGGCAACUGCUCCAAAGAGACGAGCCGUGUGUCUCAUGGUAGUCCUCAUCUUUCUCGUCUUCAACGUUGGUCCAAUGAUUCUGUUGGAGGAGAGAAGUGGCCCCGUCAUGGCCGCGGGGCCUGGUCCCAGUAGCAGACACCUGCUGGACUUCUCACCAGAGACAAAGAGCAACAGUGCGGCAGAGUUGGGGCCAUCACACACUGCACACAGACAGGAGCCUGGGGAGGCCGCGCCCGAGGAGAAGGCCCUGAUGGUUGUUAAACGCGAACCUCUCUUAAGACCUGCACCUCCAUGCCAGCCCCCCCUCAACAAGACCAAGUGCAUGAAAAUGGCCAGUGAGCUGAGGGGCUGGGUCCACCGCCACGAAGCCGAGCGGACCAAGAGUUGGCGCAGUGGCAGCGGCGUCCAUCCCAGAGCCAGAACCAUCCCGAGAUCGAGCAGUAAGAAAGGCGAGGUGGCCCAGAUCGUCACCCUGCAGUACUCCGCCUCCUCAGAGAAGCGGUCAGGCAGCGAGCUGCAGGUGUACUAUGGCCCUCACCACGUCUACACUGAUUUCUUCGACGAGAUCAAUCGGAGAGGAGACACCUUCUAUGUGGUCUCCUUCCGCAGGGACCACCUUCUGCUGCCUGCCACCAACCACAACAAAGGAAGCAGGCCCAAGAUGUCCCUGGUCCUGCCAGCAGUGAACAUCAAUGACAGUGUGAUAAAGGACAAAGAGUUUGAGGUCAUGAUGCAAAUUGACUGUGAGGUCAUGGACACCAGGAUCUUACACAUCAAGUCCACCAGUGUACCACCAGUCCUGAGGGCGAAUGACACGCGCACGGACUCGCUCUACCACCCGGGCCCGAACAGCUCCCGGCCUACGGGCCCCGUGGGAGUCUUGGUGGGCUCGGCUUGAGUCCAGCAGUCUGCAGAGGCCUCGGCCCGCGACCAGCCUCCUCCUUUCUAUCACAUUUCGAUUUCCUUCCUUCUGCCUUUUUAAACACAUUUAUAGUGAAGUUCUGACAAAGAAACUUUGAUUUGUCCCAGUGACCUCUAUCAGCCUCACAUCACCCCUCCCGUAUUAAGUGCUUAUUCCAGUCUCACGUAAGUGAUUUGUGUACCAUAGAGACUUGGCUUUUAGGCGUGCCUAAUCUCAGGAAGCAGGGUACAGUUCACAUUAGGACCACACAGGUGGAAAUGCAUUGUGGUGGGGUGUGUGUUGACUUUACGUUGGGUAUUGUGGAGCUGUUUGCAUUCUGCAUGCGAUGAGUUUUUGAAUGAAGUUUUUGAAUGAAUAUUUAUGAAGUUUUAUUACUGCAUUUAUGACUUGGCAGUCAUACAAGCUCAUCUUUGAUAAAUUUUCUUUAAUUUUGUAAGUGUCUGGCGAACAGUUACUAGACAUUGUCAUUGUUUAAAAGUAAGAAAAAUAUUUUAUACUUACUAACCUUUUUAUGUUUAGUGGGGGGGGGGGGGGGGGUAUGAGACAUAAAAUACAGAAGCCUUUGAGAGUUCCUGGAGGGGAUUUUUGGACGAGCGUCCUUUAGGGUGUUGAGUUUAACGAUGCCUCUCUAUUAUCCCUGCGAGAAUUGUGAGAAUUUCUGUGCUGGUGUAUUGCACUUGUAUUAAAGUUCACUUAAUACAUUUGUACUUUAAUUCAUAUUUUGUUUCACACUGGUUAAGAAAGUUAAGAAAUAUGUGGUGUGUGUGUUUUUUCUUCAGUAAGGGCAUUAUAGCCAAAGUCUAGACUUGUUUUAGUUCUAUGUUCUUUCCAGUCUGGUGUCUUGAAUAUACUCUUAGUCCCAGUCACUCCCUCAACCCCCUAAUGUAAUGUUACCACAGCCAUUACUCACCAGUUAAAGGUGCAACUGCAGGCCGUCCCACCUUAAGGACAUGACCGCGUUCUUAGCUGUUGGGAUGUAACAAGUGAAGGAGGUGAAGGUGCGUUUUAAACUUAAAACAUGAGUAAGAAGUCCAGUACAGAUGAAUCUCAGAAUCCAGAGUCAGAACUGGUAGUGGCUAAACAUGAUUUGUUUAAAAAUGAUUACUCAGACCACAGUGAGUACAACUUUUUUUUUUUUUUCGGGUUUUGUCGUCUCAUUUUUAAUGCUUUUGUUUAUAUUUUAUCACUUGAAAAGAAUUUACCACUGCAAAAGAAAUAAACACUGGACUCUG